AUGCAAUGCGACGGUCCGCUACGGGGCUGGGCGAAGGCUUGUCGCGGCGGUUGGUGGCACUGGGGUGGCUCCCGCCAGUGGGGGUUGGAAGCAGGAGGGCCGCCGGAGGCACAUGGAAGCAGGGAGGCCGCCGGCUGCGCGUGGAAACAGGGGGGCAGCGGUUGCGCAUGGAAGCAGGGGGCGGCGCCGGCGGAGAGUGGAAGGAGGGGCGGCGCGGCGUCGGGUGGAAGCAGGAGGGGCGGCGCCGGCGUCGGGUGGAAGCAGGGGCGGCGCCGCGGCGGGGUGGAAGCAGGGAGCUAG